AUGCUAGGAGCUGGAUUUCAGCUGAGUAAGCUGCAGAGAGCUCAAAACGACGUCAGAUCGAUUCACACCAAGGAACGCGAGAACGGGUCUGCGUUGAACAAACUCACUGCUUCCGCCGCUUCGUCGUCGUCAAGUAAUGUGGAACGGUUUCUGGAGUCGGUCACACCAUCUGUGCCGUCCCACUAUUUAUCCAAGACGACAGUAAGAGAAAGGAGAGGAGGGAGUAGUGAUAGUGAGCUGCAGCAGCCUUGUUACUUUGUUCUUGGAGAUGUUUGGGAAUCGUUUGCAGAGUGGAGUGCCUACGGCACUGGAGUUCCUCUCUCUUUGAAUAGCAACAACAACAACAAAGAUCGAGUCUUUCAAUACUACGUGCCUUCCCUCUCCGCCAUUCAAAUCUAUGCUGAUCCUGAUUCGCUGAGCUCAUCUCUUCAAGCAAGGCGUCUAGGGGAAGAGAGUGAAAGUGAUUUCCAGGAUUCAAGCAGUGAAGGAAGUAGCAGUGAAUCCGAAAGAGGACUCUGUUAUCCAAAGGAUCAAAAUUCUGCUAGAAUGGAGCAACUCUCAUUGAGAAAGGAGCAGCAGGAGGACUCGUCUAGUGAUGAUGGCGAGUCUCUGACAUCUUCUCAAGGUCGUUUGAUAUUUGAGUAUCUUGAACGUGAUCUUCCUUACAUCCGUGAACCAUUUGCCGACAAGAUGUCUGACCUUGCCUCUAGAUUUCCGGAGCUCAAGACACUGAGAAGCUGUGAUUUACUACCUUCAAGCUGGUUUUCUGUGGCAUGGUACCCAAUCUACAAAAUACCCACAGGACCAACGGUCAAGGAUCUGGAUGCUUGUUUCUUGACAUAUCAUUCCCUUCACACACCCUUUCAAGGAGUUACUACACAAUCUAUGUGUGAGGUGCAGCCAAGGGAGAGUGUUGAGAAGAUGUCACUGCCUGUCUUUGGCCUUGCCUCAUACAAGCUGAGAGGUUCUGUAUGGACAAGCAUCAAAGGCUCAGGACACCACCAGCUCGUGAAGUCCCUCUUCCAAGCCGCAGACAGUUGGUUGCGGUUGCAUCAAGUCAACCAUCCUGAUUUCAUCUUCUUCAGCCGCCAGUGA